AACACAAAUACUGAAUAACUCUGCCCACAAAUACUUAAGCUGACUGGACAGAAAAAGUUUGCUCGCAUGGUGAACAAGGAUUUCUACUGUUCAUAUACUAUGGCCACAACAUGUCAGGAAAGAAACCUCAACACGAAGACAGCCACAUAGAUACUCCACCUUCAGAAGAAAAUACUAAACAAAGUAGUCCACAAGAUGCUCUCUCAUCCUUUUCCUAUUUUUUAUUACCAUUAUUGCCAAACUUUUGGGCCUACCACUUCACAACAUUACAUCAAUCACAUUCUAAUUCAAUGUAGUAUAACACACUGCCACCACUCACUCCAACAUCUCAAAAACUUCUCAUACACUAGUUCUUUCAUACAGGAAAUAAAUUUUUGCAGUAGGGUUUCCAUCUUUAUAAUACUUGUCACCUACUUGAUAAUGAGAGUUUCUGCAGUGUACAAUUUUAACACUGCACAAAAAAAAAGCAUGGGAAAUGAUGAAAACACAUUGAGCAACUUGAUGAAACAUUUGGAUAUAGUGUUAACCUAUAAACCAUCUAGUUCUUGAUAAUAUAACAAAACUUAACUGAAAGCUUCAGGCAGUCGGGGUCCAUUAAAAAACCCUACCUUUCGGCAUGUGUCAACCCACAAAGCCGCUUGCCUGAUUUCUAAGUCAUAAACUGCUACCAGAAACGAUCAUAAAUCUAUAAGCUACAGCGAAUAAUAGAAGCAGCAAAACCACGGAAGACGACAAAUUGUAGAAAUAUGAUGAGACUAAAAAUGGAAUCAAAACUGGAUUGUCCAUCUUGUUUAUUUCUUAUUUAUAAAGAAAAUAUCCACCUGGUUUAUUUUAGUAAAACUCUAGUGGAAGAUAAUUAAAGUUAGAUAUAUCAAAAGAAUUCAUUAAUACUACAUCAAGGAGGGGUAAUCUUAUUCUACCUUCUGCAUAAUUAGGUAGAAUUACUUAAAUAGUUACCUAAUUAAAGGUAGAACUAUUUCAACAGAUGAGAGAUAUCAGUUGGGAAUCUAGAUUUGACAAAGACUGCAGUGUAACAUGAUCUAAGCAUUGUCCCCUAGAACACCAAGCAUCAGCUGGAGGGGACAGUGAAAAUAGAUAUGAUCAAUCAUAGCUAUCUGAUCUGACCUUCACCUCCUGUGUGAUCUCUUUUUAUUCCUUGCCUAUCUGUCUGGAGCCCUUUAAAAGUCCUUUUGGCUAGUAUCUCCAUAAAGCACCUUUGUACAUCCACAAAAUUUCAAGCUGGCUCUUCAGUGAAAAUUGUGGGAGAAGAAAAAAGCAACUUCUGCUCAAUUACAAUACGAUCGGGAAUGAGAGGUGCUGAAGAUGGCAAUCAAGGCACUUAUGUGCUUGAUCAAGGAGAAUGGUUGAAUUUGAGCUUAGGAAGAAACUUGCCUUCGAUAUCUAAAGAAUCUGAGUCACAUAUACCGACUUCAGGCAAGGUUUUUUCAUGUAACUUCUGCAAGAGGAAGUUUUACAGUUCACAGGCACUAGGAGGCCACCAGAAUGCUCACAAGAGGGAAAGAGGUACAGUAAGACAGUAUCAAUCUCAGAGGAUGAUGACAAUGAUGGCUUUGCCGAUCAAUAACCCCAUGUUCAGAUCACUUGGUAUGAUUCCCCACUCACUUGUGCAUAAAUCCAGCAGAGAUGCAAGAGCAACUGCGGCUACGUUCAGCGAGGCUAGCGCAGGAUAUCAGAGGACAUCGCUUACCAAUCAAAUGGACAGAUCAUUUGAUCUGAAGUGGCCAGGAAGUUUUCAACUAAAUCAGCAGCAAACAAAAGACCAUACCUCAAAUCCCACUAAGCUUGACCUGAAUCUGAAGCUGUAAUUGUUCUCCUCAUCCAUAUAGUCAACCCAACCCCAAAUAUUUCAGAACUGAGGCAUAGUUAUUAUUGUAGUUGUUACCCGUCCCACAUGGAACUCGUUAUUUAGUAUUUACCCAUCUGUUACAGCUUCAGCCCAUCAGUACAUGAACUAUUUGAUGAACUUUGGGCAACAAUUAAGAGCAAAAGAAUCCUAUAGCAGGAUUUUUUCCCAGACCCUAGUGUAAGGAUCAAUAACAACAAUUUCAAGCUUUCUCAUGUCCAGAUAUGAAACCACAAGUGUAAAAUGUACUUUAGUGCUUUUGUUCCUACAGCACCUGGAACCGCACAACACCAUAAUCUCCAUAAAAUAUAUAGCAGAAGGUUCUCUAGCUUUUGUUUAUAAUCUUCUUUUCUAUUUAUGAUUUGUAAUCUAGAAAGUGCCAUGUUUAUGCUACAAGAAGUUGGACAAAUUUUAUCUAGAAGUUAUAAGAAAAGCAACUACGUUUACACGUU